UAAGGCAAGCACCGAAAGAGAAGGCAAUCGCUGCUCUCUUCGACUAAUUAUCACCGGUGGACGCAUGGCGAUGUCUCCUGCGGAAGAACACCCUCAGAAGGCCUUCGGUUGGGCUGCUCGCGAUACUACCGGUGUGCUCUCCCCUUUUAACUUCUCCAGAAGAAGCACCGGACCAAAGGAUGUCGGUAUAAAGAUCCUGUACUGCGGAGUGUGCCAUUCGGACCUUCAUUUCCUGAAGAAUGAAUGGGGCUUUUCUGUGUAUCCUCUCGUUCCUGGGCACGAGAUCGUGGGGGUCGUCACACAGGUGGGCAGCAGCGUGCGAAAGUUCCGCGUUGGAGACACCGUCGCGGUCGGCUGCAUGGUCGGCGGGUGCGACGAGUGCGACGACUGCAUCAACAAGAGGGAGAGCUACUGCCGGAAAUCCAUUCUCACCUACAACGACCUCUAUCACGACGGCACUCGUACGUACGGAGGGUACUCCGACGAGACCGUGGUGGAGGAACAUUACGUUCUCGGCUUUCCCGACGGCCUGCCCAUGGCGGCCGGGGCACCGCUCUUGUGCGCGGGAAUCACCGUGUACAGUCCCAUGAAGUACUUCGGGCUAUCCCAGCCGGGGACGCACCUGGGCGUCGUCGGCCUCGGAGGCCUCGGCCAUCUGGCCGUCAAGUUCGCCAAGGCCUUCGGCGUGAAGGUCACGGUCAUCAGCACUUCGCCCGGCAAACGGAAAGAAGCAGUGGAGGAGCUCGGUGCUGAUGCUUUCAUUGUAAGCCGCGAUGAGGAGCAAAUGAAGGCCGCCAUGGCGACCAUGGAUGGCAUAAUUGAUACGGUCUCUGCUCAACACUCUCUCUUGCCUUUGUUGGAUCUCUUGAAGCAUCAUGGCAAGCUAAUUAUGGUGGGAGCACCUCCAGAGCCACUUGACCUUCCGAUUUUUCCUCUGCUUGUAGGUCGAAAGCUUGUGGCGGGCAGUGCCACAGGAGGGAUAGAGGAGACGCAAGAAAUGCUCUACUUCGCCUCCAAGCACAACAUCACCGCAGAUGUAGAGGUCAUUCCAAUGAAAUAUAUCAAUGUGGCCAUGGAGCGGCUCGCUAAGGGAGACGUCAAAUAUCGUUUUGUUAUUGACAUAGCAAACACUCUGCCAGCCUAAACUACAUUUGUCGUGCUUUGAUGCUGAAGAAGGAAUACUUCACCGAUUUUUA